AUGAAAUCAAAAUUGCAGAAGGGGAGAGCAGGGAGGAGCAGCAGCAGCAGCAGAAUAAUCCAGAGCUUCCUUCCUCGUACCCGAAGCCAAGCCUUGAGAGCCCAGGCCUUGGCAAUGGCACCCCCACGAGAUGCUGCUACCACCUCUCGAGGGGCCAGGACCUCUACCAAGUCCCGGCGUGGAGCGGGCCCAAACAAGGAGGUGAUCAGGAAGCUUAGAUCAUAUAAACGUUUGCUAAAGGCCAAGAACAUGUCCCAGAACCACAAGGUAACUGACUAUUUUGCAGUCCGACGGAGCACUCGGAAGAAUCGCGGAGAGCUGCGAACUGAGGCUCGCAUCAGGCUCAAUGAGCUGAUUAAGAGCGGGAAGGAGGAGGGCAUGCGAGUUGGGAUCUUUGAUGGGAAAGGCCGCGGGGUGAUCACCACCAGACCCUUCAGACGGGGCGACUAUGUGGUGGAGUAUCACGGGGACCUUAUUGACUUGGCGGCUGCUAAGAAGCGGGAAGCCCGCUAUGCCAAGAACCCCGCCACUGGCUGCUACAUGUACUAUUUCCACUACCGGAGCAAAGGCUACUGCGUGGAUGCCACCAAAGAAACUGGCCGCCUGGGGCGUCUCAUCAACCACAGCAAGAGUGGAAACUGCCAGACCAAGCUGCAUCCUAUCGAUGGCGUACCUCAUCUCAUUGUGAUUGCCACCCGCGACAUUGAGGUAGGGGAAGAGCUGCUCUAUGACUAUGGUGACCGAAGUAAGGCCUCCCUGGAGGCUUACCCCUGGCUGAAACACUAA